UAUAAAUAUUCCAGUAAAUUCGCUCGCUUUUAUAAUAUUCACUUCGUUCUGAGAUACACAACUGAAUCACUGAUAAUCAUUAAAUUCACUUCGGUCGAAAAUGCUGUAAAAUCGUGGAGUGCAAGGGAAAAUUUCAUGAUCGUCACCUUAAUCUCUAAAUAGCAAUACGACAGAGAUUUAAACAGUUGUUCGCAUGUAAUUCAAUCCAAUUCAACCAAUCACACACUAGUGUAACAUUUCGAGGUGAUACACUUUCGAACAUAUUCCGAUCCAAUGAUCUAACCUCUGUUACGGCCAUUUUAUUUCGCCCUGCGUGAAGUGUCUUCACAGGAAGAAACAAUGACGGGUAGGCUUUUUGCGAAUCGGUUUCGACCUGUGAUAAUCCAAAGUCGUGGAUUACUUACAGAAGACAGAAUCGGUAACAGGGAUAUAGUGGGAUUUGGCUACAAUGGCGAACCCACCUAUUUGGACCGAUCGGAUUUCCCAAUGCCUGCGAUCCGUUGGCAGGAGAAUACUCCUGAUGUUAUGGCCUUGAGGGAAAAGGAGAAGGGAGAUUGGAAGAAACUGAGUCUCGAAGAGAAAAAGGCUUUGUACCGUGCUAGUUUCCGUCAGACAUUCAGCGAAAUGGACGCACCGACAGGAGAAUGGAAAGGCAUUUUGGGACUAAGUAUGCUGAUUUUAUCUUCCGGAAUAUGGUUGUACCUGUACUUUAAAGUUUUCGCCUAUCAAGAUUUGCCGAAAACACUCACGGAUCCGGAGCGCCGAUUGGCACAGUUAGACCGUAUGAAGAAACUCGACGUGAAUCCGAUUGAAGGUCUUUGUGCCCGGAAGUAAAAUUAAUUAUUAGUCUCUACUCCAAUAACUAGUAAUUGUACAGUAAAACUCUCUAAAUACUGCGCUUAAACACUGUAUGUUAUAACUAGCGUGAGAAAAUUUUAAUAAAUGCCAUGGUUACGUGAGAACGCUA